AUGUUCCAUGGAUUGCCAAGUGAAGACCCCAUUGACCACCUUGAUGAGUUUGAUAGGCUUUGUGAUUUGACAAAGAUCAAUGGUGUCUCUGAAGAUGCCAUCAAGCUGAGACUCUUUCCUAUGUCUCUAGCUGACAAAGCUCACCAAUGGGAGAAGAGCUUGCCCCAUGGCACAAUCACCACUUGGGAUGAAUGCAAGAAGGCCUUUCUUGCUAAGUUUUUCUCCACCGGUCGCACAGCCAAGCUUAGAGGAGAGAUAUCCAGCUUCAUCCAGCGAAACAAUGAGACAUUCGCAGAGGCUUGGGAGAGGUUCAAAGGCUACACAAGUCAGUGCCCACACCAUGGAUUCAACAAUGAAUCACUACUCUCCACUCUUUAUAGAGGAUGCUUGCCUAGGUAUAGGGAGAUGCUAGACACAGCUAGCAAUGGGAACUUCCUCAACCAGGAUGUAGAUGAUGGCUGGCAACUUGUGGAGAACAUGGCCAUAUCAACAGAAUGCUAUGGAGAGCACUAUGAAAGUACAGACUGGAGCUCGACCGCGCACUCGAUCGAGCUGGACGCUCAGAUGAGAAAGACAUGCUUGCACUCAACUCGAAGAAGGGGAGGAGACAACACAAGAGUUUGCUACAUUCAAAAUAGACAAGGAAGCUAUAGGAAUCCUCAACAAGGGCGAUACAACAAUUAUCAAGCCCCCUGGCCGCACCAACAACAAAGUGUUCCACAAGGUUUCAACACAAGGACUACUCAUACCCAACCAACUCAAGAUUGGGAUAUGAAGGAAAUGCUCCAACAACUUUUACAAGGGCAAGCCAAAGGUUCUCUGGAAAUGAACAACAAGCUGGUUGAGAUACACUCUAAACUAGAGUCAUUGACUUCAAGAGUCCAAAUCAUUGAAGGUAGCCCACCCCAAAUCGCUGUGGACAUCGAUGACGAGGAAGGGGAGGAUUUAGUCGACUAUGCUGAUAACUCGACCCGAACUCGAUCGAGCUGGAACAAAACCCUGAACCAGAACUCGAUCGAGCUGGAGAAACUGAGACACUGCAAGACAAACCAGAGCUCGAUCGAGCAGAAGAGAACAGACAAAGCAAGCUCCAGCCAACCAGCUAAACCUGUUGCAAAGAAGAAAGACACUCCAGCAGGACCACCACCAUACAAAGCCCCCUCUGCCCUUUCCAGGAAGGUUCAAGAAACAACUGUUGGAAGCACACAAGGCCAAGUUUGA